AUGGUUCUCUACGGAUUCCACAGUGCAUUUAUGUUUGCAAAGAAGCAUAUUCAGAGGAAAUUCCCGUUCUGCAAAAUACAUCCGUCUGAUGAUUAUCCUCGCUCUACCAUGACAUUCGACAACACCAACAACAUCUACCCACCAGAAAAAACUAUUUCCAAAGAACAUAUUGCUACUCUUAGCCGUCGAGUGAUAGCGACCACUCCUCCAAGUCCAGUUUCCACAGUUAUUGACUCUGUUGAUCUCCCUCCACAUUGGGGUCUCCGAAACAUUGACCGUUCACGCGAGAACCCUCUUUAUCACGAGAACAAUAAUAAUAACAAACAAUAA